AUGUAUAAUAAACAAUCACAACCGCAGUAAAUCAUACAAAAUAAGUGAAAUUGGCAACAGUGUAAACACAAUUACAACCUUUAGGAAUAAUUGAUUGGCUCAGAAUUUAACAAUAUUAAUAAUUAUUAUUUAUUUUUGCGAUAUUGAAAAAAACGUUUCAAAGCCAUGCAAAUAAACCAAUUAAUCAAAUUGGUAAAACACUAAAACAUAAUAAAUAAUACGUCACGUUUAAGUAUUUAGUAAAAGUUAAAAUCAAUUAAAUUUAUUAGUCAGAUAUUACAGUGUAUAUUAUGUAUAAAUGUUCAGAAAAAUAAUUUCGUUCAGCAUAUUGCGAAAUGUAUAGAGUAUAAAAAUUAUUAAAACGGUGAGAAUCUAUAUUGUUAUAAUAAUGGGGGAAAAUAAAAUGGGGGAGUAAAAUGGUCUAUAGUAUAGAGACCUCAAAUCUUUAGCUUCCAACCUCAGAUUAUUUUUAAUUAUUUUUUUUUUCUUAAUUACAAAUUAAUAUUUUUUAAUAGGCAUAAUUGAAAUCAUUUAUACACUGUUUUUAGAAACUACUUCCCUAAAAUUGAAGAGGAAUUCCAAUGGAUCAGAAAUCCAUUUGAAGAAGAUUACUUGAAAAAAUUGAAAAUAUCAGCAAGUGAAGAAGAUUCGUUGAUUGAAAUGUCAUGUGAUCAGACUUUAAAAUCGUAUUUUAAAAGUACACAAUUAGUGCCAUUCUGGUUAAAUGUUCGGAAAGACUAUACAGCAAUCGCCAAAAUUGCACUGAGAAAUUUGAUGGGCUUUUCGACAACUUAUUUAUGUGAACGCGCUUUUUCUACUUUAAUUUAUUUAAAAAAUAAAUAUAGGAAUAAACUGAAUGUUGAGAGUGAUUCAAGACUAAAACUGACAAGUUUUAAUCCAGAUAUUGACUUUCUCGUGAAGAACAAGCAGUGCCAAAAAUCACAUUAA